GUUAUCAAGGAAGUAAUACUCUGAUAUUUCCCUGUCUGAAAGCGGCUUAUGGCGUGUUGAAUUCCCUCGAACUUUACAAAAAAGGAUACGUAGUCGCCAUUGAGUGGAAUAUGUAGUCAGUGUUUCUAGACAAAGGAAACAUGAAAACUUUUUCAUGGCUUCAUGGCAUAGUGAAAACGAUAUUGUUACCGUUUUCCUCUGGAACUUCUCCUACAGCUCAACCAGGUGAAAGUAACAUGAACGAGGAAAUAUCGCCUACACUAACAUUUGCGCACUUGGUUUCUUGUUUCUGUAUAGUCCUUGGAAUCUAUUCCGGAAAACAAACGACUGAUGAUACUGCGCGUGCAAUUGUCUGGGGGUUAGUAAUGGGACUCGUCAGCUGUGGAGUUAUAGCCUUGGUCGUGCUCAUAUUCUCCAAUUCAGUCAUCAUACCUCAGUCUGAAAAUACAGAGACAAAAGAUUAUUCCAUGAACUUAAGGAUUAUUUUCCUUUGGUUAUUUGGCCUUGCAGUCAUAUUGCAAAGCGCUGUAAAUUUUGCUAUAGAUCUGGAGUGUGUCCAAAAAUUUCCUGAAGAAAAUAUUAUUUACAUUGGAUUUCUUAGUUCAUCUGUACUUGUCUUAUUCAUCAUAUUGCAAAUGGGAGCCAUAACAUACUUCAGAAAUCAUUAUUUUAACAAAUCUGUACAGAUAAAUUUUGCGGUCGUGUUUAUCUCUUUGGCUAAUUUUGGAUUGUGGUUCAACUCUGUUGUUAGUAACUUAAACGAUACGUAUACUACGAAUCCAAACAUAUCCCAUAUGAUUAUUUUCAAAAAUGCGACCAGCUGUUACUUUGAUUCGAAAAUCCAACACGCUCUUAAUAGCAAGCUAACUCCUUUUUUACUACCUACCCGUAUGGAAUUUUUCAUUUUAGCAUCCAGUUUCUUUAUAUCAUUUUGGCAUUCCUCAUCAAAGCAACAAAACUGUCAUUCACGUGUUAUCAGCGAAGAACUAAUACACGGCGUUUGUGAUGAAACUACCGCCCUUUUGCCCAGGAGCACUGAAAAUCGCGCUAGCCACGUUUUCGCCAUCAUGAUUUCAAUAUUCCUCAGUCUGCCUACCUUUUUGACAUGGCUGCUACUGUCCUUCGUUUAUAAAGACGACAGUGACCAUCUAAACACUGCCUACGAAAUAUGUCAUUGCUUUAAUUCCCUUGCCAUAAUCGUCAUAGUUUACAUUACUUUUGACAACCUGUCCAGAAGAUACAUUAUUAGAGAGAACCAUCGCCCUCUUACGACUAGUGAAACUAUUCUGGUGUUUAGUUCGGCUGGGGUGGUGGCCUACAGCACAUAUGGACUGCUCUUUGCUCUCCAGUCCCAAGUAAGUGAACACAUGGCAGCUUUAUUCCGAAACAUAUUUUGGAUUUUGGAAACAUUUUUACAAACAUCUCUUUUGAUACAGUGUCAGCGGUACGUACUGUCAGAGAAAAGAUCCAAACUCCUCUCCUCGUUUGCCCUGGUUAUAACUAUUACAAAUUUAAUCAAUUGGUUUCUGUACUCUGUUUAUCAAAAUGGGCCGACAGAAGGAAGAGAGCUAAUCGUCGGAAACAAACGUAACUGGGCGUACGUUAAAACAAUACUGGUACCGUUGUUAAUCUUUUACAGGUUUACCUCUGCUAUGAAUUCAUAUUCCCUCUACAAUCAAAUUAAACCAUGAUAGUAUCAUCUUAAGCAAAUGGUGGAUAUAAUUAUGAGCAAAGUUUACAUAAAAUGGUUUAUUGAAAAAACAAAUUCAAAUUAAAAUGAAAUAUGUCUGUACCUAUGUUGACUUCUGGUUCAUAUUGUGCAUGUUUAUGAAAAAGUAUUAAUGAGUUGUUUAUUAUUCGCGAUGCAUGUAUAUGAAUGUAUGAAAAUAUAGUAAGUAAACUUUGUAAUACAAAGAUAAAUUAGUUAAUGAGGGUAUUUAGCAAAUGUACACAGCAUGGAUGGCAUUCAAUGUAGUUCUUAAAACUGAAGUAAUUUUAUACACAAACUAGCAAUAAUGAUUGUACUCAUAUAGAAUGUCAGAAUAACUGUUGCAGUAGUAAAAAAGGAGUUGAAGUAUUGUAACUUGAUUAUUUAUAUAGUUCUACAAUCAUGAUGACAGAAAAAAGUAUAAACUGAAGUAUCAAAAAAUAGAAAAAGCUAAUAUAAGUUUUAGAAAGACUUUAAUUGUAGUUGUGCACAGCUAGUUUAAAAACAUGUAAGCCUUGUUAUUAUCUUUAGUUAUUCUAGUAUUUUUGACAGAAAAAUAAUGAUUAAAAUAAGUAGAUAUUGUUGUUGUGGAUAUAACUUUAGUUGUUGUGAAUGUUUAGUUGUAAUGAUUUAAGUUAUCGUUGUGCACUUUAUUGUUGUCCUACUAAUGGUAAAAUGAAAAUACGAAAUAGAAGUCGUAACAGUAGUUUAAGUUGUUGUUAUACUUUAAGAAGUUGUUAUUAUUUUUAGAGUUUAAGAGAUAUCACUGUAGAUGUCGUUACUAAGUGUACUUUUUGUACCUUUAAUUCUAAAAUUGAAAGCAGGAAAAUUAUAAAUACGAGCUGUUGUAAUUGUCAAUAUUAGAUUCAACAGCUGUUGUUCAAGUAAUGGUGAUUGUGAAAGAUAUAAAUAGCAGCAGCUAAAAAAGAUGUUCAAGAAAUACAUUUUAGUUGUAAAAGCAGUAGUAAAAAAGAGUUUUGUGGUAGUUUAAAAAUUAGAAGGAGCUGUAGCAGUAAAAGUAGCAGUAGCAGUAGUA